CUGCAAAGCGUUAUGUGCAAAAAAAAAAACAAAAUACAAAUAAUGAUAAAAAAUAAAAUAAUGUGAACUGUAAAAUAUUCGAUAAAAAAUAUGAAAAUAUUUGCUACUAUAGAGGCUAGAGGACAGCAUUUACAGGAUGUGCCAAUACGAAAAAAUAAGAAAACAAAUAAAAAAUAAUAAUUUUUUAAUAAACAAAUUUUUAAUUAAAAAAAAAGUAAAUCGUACAAAAUAAUGAAACCAAGCAAAAUAAAAUAUUUAAAUUUUUUUUAAAUGCAAACAAAAAAUAAUUUAAAAAAAAUUACCAAAAAAAUUAAAAUAUAAAAUGAAAAAAAAAAUUAAUAAUAAUAUCAAAAAACUAAUUAAUUAAUAUCAAAUAGUUAUUUGUAUUUCUGUUCAUAUUAACACACCCUGUAAAUCUUAUGUCACACAUUAAUUAAGCCGAGUGUGGUUAAAAAACAUAUCACGUUUAAUUUCAGCACGAGUUGUGCAGCAGCGUCUGUCAGUAGCAGACAAAGUCGGUUAUAGUAUUCUCAAAACGUUUAAAAUAUAAAAAAUCCACAAAAAACCUAAAGACUAAAAAUGAAGAGUAUCGUUUGGUUGAUUUAUGUGAGCAGCAUAGUCAUCAUGCGAAUCAAAGCUGCGGAACAUUCUGCGAUGUGUUCUAUGUGUGUGGACCCCGCUACACCAAAAUGUGAAAGCCCAGACAAUACAAAGCUGGACAGAACAAUCGAUUGCAAGGAGCAAGCAUGUGUUCUAGCUAUGGACAAAGAAACAGAUUACGUAUGUGUUUUGGAGGAUAAAAGCAAACAGAGUUCUCAACUAGAAGUUGAAGUUAUAGACGAGCAAUCGCAAGCAACCGUACUGCCGGUGCCACUAGCUUUACAAAUGGUGACAACUGAGGCAACUGGGGGUGCGACAGAUACAUCGAAAGAGAUUGACAAUCCCGCGGAUAUUGGUGACAAUGGUAAUGCAGAAGCAGAGGAUAAUGUACAAGUUGAGGAGCAGCAUGCCGCUGCCCAGCCAAACGAAGCUCAACAAGAAAACAGUGAUGCCAAUGACAAAUCCUCGGAAAAAGUGAAAGAACCGCAGCCAGUUGAAACUGAACACAAUGAAGAUCAAGAGGUUGCGGCUGGUGUCGAGCAAAUAACGAAUGUCGAUGGUAACGCAGAGGCGACACAAGUCAGUAGCGCUGAAGAUGUGGCUGAGGUGCAACCAGUGGAACAACCCGCAGCAGUGGAGCCGGAAAAUGAAGGGCCAUCGCCGGAUUAUCCUGCUGAUGCACCAGCCAUAAAUGAGGGUGAAGCAAAUGCAGAAGUUCAGAGCCCCACUGCGACUGCUGAAAAACCGGGAGACACAGAGCAAACAGUACCGCAGAAUACGAACGACAUUAAUGACGCUGAUGAUGAGGGCGAUGUAAACAAGGACGCGGAUACGAAUAAAGACGAAGUAUCGGUAAACAAUUAUGACGAACAAAAUGCCAUGAAUAGUGGUGUAACUACUGUGGUAGAACACGGUGACGAUUCAACGUCGAAUGUGGGUGAGCCCGAAAAACCCGCAGCGGACAAUGCUAAACCACAGGGUGUUGAAUCUAGUGAUGCAGCAAAUGCUCCACCAACUGUCAUAGUGGACAACACUUCGCCGCCAGUGAAUGCGAAUCAACUCUUGAGCUGCUACUCUUGCAGCAGCACCACGGAUGCAAAGUGUGCGCCGGGUCCUGGUAGAGCGAUGAACUGCCAACCCAUCGAAAAUAAACAGAAUGGCUGCUACACGCUGUACAAGGCUGACACAAAUGUUACCACACGCGGCUGCAUUUCAGAACUCACCAAUGAAGGCCUCAAAUACUGCAAGUCCAACUCAAAACAAUGCAUUUUGUGCUAUGACAAGGCUUGCAACAAUCUCUUGGCGCCUUCGGCUGCUAUCCAAAGCAAUUCACAGUUAAGUCUUUGGCUGGGUCUGGCAAGUUUUAUGCUAGCUACAUUUAUGCUUUAAACUAAAUAAUGAAUAAAAACCGUGUUUGCAAGAUUUUAGUAAAUUUAAGCUCUAUGUAUCCGGAUAUAAAUUUUAAUUACUUUUUACGCAAACUGUGCAAAUCCAAUGUGAAAUAAAUAAAAAUUGUUUUUCUUUUUCUUUACAUAAA